AUGGAGUCGGAGAAGAAUGGCGACUCGAGUCCGGCGAUAACAGCAACUGCCCCUGACCACGGCACCAUGAGUCACCCAUCUCCUGACUUUUCAGAGAAGAAGCUGUCCGAGAAUGAACCUGAGCAAGUCCAACCACCAGCUCGGACAGAGGUAGAACCACCUCCAGAUGGUGGUUAUGGCUGGGUCUGUGUGCUGUGCGUCUUUUUGGUCAAUGCCCAUACCUGGGGAAUCAAUAGUUCCUAUGGUGUAUUUCUAGCACAUUAUCUCGACACAAAUACAUUUCCAGGGGCCUCGGACCUCGACUUUGCCUUCGUCGGAGGCCUUUCUCUCAGUUUAGCCCAAUUCAUCGCUCCAGUCGCAACGAUCACCACUCGAGAAUGGGGGACGAGGGCUAGCUUGGCGAUAGGAAUCACACUGCAGACCGCCGCGUUGUUAGGGGCGUCAUGGGCGACCGAGAUUUGGCAAUUAUUUCUGAGCCAGGCCGUGUGUUUUGGAUUCGGGAUGGGAAUGCAAUUCAGCGCCACCGUUGGCAUCAUCCCGCAAUGGUUCAAUCGCCGACGCUCUCUUGCAAACGGGAUUGGGACGGCGGGAUCGGGGAUCGGAGGCCUGAUUUAUUCGCUGGCUACAAGUGCCAUCAUCCAGAGAUGGGGAACUGGGUGGGCUUUCCGAAUCCUGGCUAUAGUAUCAGCUGCUGCGUGCGGCUUCUCCGCCAUCCUCAUAAGGGAUCGCAACCAGGUCAUUGGAGCUGUCCAAAUCGCCUUCCAUACUAGUCUUUUGAAGCGACCGGAGUUCCUGCUCACUUUGGCCUGGGGUUUCUUUAGCGUGUUGGGCUAUGUGGCCCUGCUUUUCUCCAUUCCCAGCUACGCGAGCACCGUGGGCCUUACCGCAUCCCAAGGCUCGAUUCUCGGUGCCAUGUUCAACCUAGGAGGAGGUCUGGGGCGACCGGUUAUAGGGUACGUCAGCGAUGACUUUGGACGACUGAACACCGCAUUCGGAUGUACCUUCCUGGCCGGCCUCUUUUCUUUUGUAAUCUGGAUUUUUGCCAAAAGCUUUGGCGUCCUCAUCUUCUAUGCGCUGAUCGGCGGCACUGUAUCCGCAACCUUCACGACCACGGUGGCUCCGGUGGGCGCCGAGGUGGUGGGAUUGAAACUCCUCCCAUCUGCCUUGUCGAUAUUCUGGCUUUCGGUGGUCAUACCGAGCACAUUUGCCGAACCGAUCGCCCUGUGGUUACGAACCGACAACGGGACCAAUUUUCUGCAUGCCCAGAUCUUCACUGGCUUUAUGUUUAUGGGAGGAGCCCUUUGCCUCUGGCUUGUGCGGGCGUGGAAGAUAUCGGAGCUGGACAAGACCGGUGCCGAUGCUGAUCUUCUCAACCAGGAAGGUGAGGUCAGAGAUGAUGAUGGCGUGCGUCGACAGUCCUUGGUGGCCAGGACGGUGAGCAGAGUUUCUAGUGUGACGAGAACGGCAAAGACUGCGAGGGGGUUGUUCACGUUAGCCAGAGUAUAA